AACCCCAUAUAUGACGCGCACGCGAUGGCUGUGCCUGUGAUUCAUUUCUGAAUUUUUAUAUAUAUCUCAACUCUUCAAUUUCUAUAGUGUGCAGUGGACAGUAGAGUAGAAAUUCCUGAAGCGGAAUUUAGAACAGUGAGGAUUUCUGGGAUUCGACGAUAAUUUUGUUCAGAGGUACUGAGGAAAUCGUUUCUCGUCUUUGCCCUAGCAUAGAUCAGGAUCAGAGCUUAAGAUUUGAAGUUAGAGUCAAGGCAUAAUGGCAAGGAUCAAACCUCAAGCUCUGUUACAACAGAGUAAAAAGAAGAAGGGACCAAGUCGAAUCAGUAUUGCUACUUUUGUGAUUUAUGGCCUGAUUAUUGUUGUCAUGGCAUUUUUUCUUUUCGCUUCCUACAGACACUGGACUCGAAGGUCAAAAUUUCAAGCAGAAGAUAUAUUAUCAGGUGUAGAGCAUGAUAGUUCUUUUCCUGAACCCAAGAAAGUGGAUGUUCCCAAAUAUGCAGUCAUAAACACCUCAAAAGGGUCAAUAACUGUAGAACUUUACAAGGAAGGUUCUCCUGAAGUCGUUGAUGAAUUUAUUGAGUCAUGCCAGAAAGGACGCUUCAAAGGAAUGCUCUUUAACCGUGUAAUAAAGAACUUUGUUAUUCAAGGAGGUGAUGUUAAUAGACCCGUAACUACUGAAGAUUGGACUUCAAGGGGAAAGCAUUACAAUCAACUUGAUACAAGCCUGAAGCAUGAAGCUUUUAUGCUGGGCACGUCCAAGGUGAAACCUGAUGGUGGGGGAUUCGAUCUUUUCAUCACAACAGCACCAAUCCCAGAUCUAACUGAGAAAAUUAAUGUAUUUGGACGUGUUAUCAAGGGUGAAGAUAUUGUCCAGGAAAUUGAAGAAGUAGACACGGAUGAGCAUUAUCGGCCGAAAGCGCCCAUAGGGAUCACAGAAGUGACCUUAAAGCAAAAGUUGUAAUGACUAAUGUCUGUGACUUCAUGGUAGCAUCUAGCCUUAUAGGAUUAAGCCAUCUGAGGUAUCAGAAAAUGCUUCUCGUCAUUGAGUUACUCUGCCCUUUUGGCAUUAUCAUCUGCGGUUUCUUGUUUCACUAAACUUUUGCAGCUUUCUGUCCUUGCUUCUGGUGCACUAGGGGCUCAUUUGCUCGAUUUGUACAAUUUGCUUUAGCUUUUUCCUUUUUCUUUUUGUUUUCUACUAUCUUUUCUUCUCAAAAUGCAUUGGUGGCGCUUGGAAAGAUUUUGAUGUCA